AUGUACACAGAAGUCAAGGAACUCGUGAACUUUUUGGCCAAGUAUCUCAUCGGAAAAAUACCACGCCGACCAGUGAGUUCUUUCUCAAGAUUCAUUCUGACUUUUGCAGGAAGGGUUGAUGUGCAUGUCCGCAUUCUGUUACCAAAAAAAUACCCUAUCAGCCCCAUUCACCUUCCAAGUUCUUCAAUAUAG